GGAGGCCGAUGGAGCCUCGACUGGUGGAGCCUGGGCCCUACCGAGCGACGCGGCUGUGGAAUGAGACUAUUGAACUCUUUCGAGGUGGCAUGCCGUUACGGAAGCAUCGCUGUCAUUUCAAAAGCUACGAGCGUUGCUUCACAGCAUCAGAGGCAGUAGACUGGUUGCACAGACUGCUGAGGCACAACCAGAAUUUUAGCCCAGAAGUAACUCGUGCUCAAACAGUUCAGCUCCUUAAAAAGUUCCUGAAGAAUCAUGUUAUUGAAGAUAUCAAAGGAAGAUGGGGCAAAGAGGAUUUUGAAGACAACAAUCAUUUAUACCGAUUUCCUCCUUUCUCGCCGUUGAAACCAUACCCAAAACGACCUCCAUUCCGAAAGGAAAUUAUUAAAUUUCCAAACUGGGAUGAUACUGAAAAAGAUACUUUCCAAGAACACAUACCAAUAAAGCAAAUCACAUUGAACUCUGAAAUGUGGUUCAAACGUCACAGUAUAGCAAUUGGAGAAGUACCAACAUGUAGAUUUGUACACCGUCGACUGUUAACAGAGGCAAAUAUAGAAGAGAUAUGGAAAUCCAUGACACUAUCUCACUUGCAAAAAAUUUUAGGCUUGGAUUCCCUAGAAGAUGUGCUGGACACCAAACUUGUGAACCCAAAGCAUAUAAUCCAGAAUGUGUAUCAUAUCAACAAGCAGGGAGUUGUCAUUUUAGAAGAUAAAUCAAAGGAGCUACCUCAUUGGGUGCUGUCGGCAAUGAAGUGUCUGGCAAAUUGGCCCAGGUGUCCAGAUCUGAAACAACCUACUUACUUAGGAUUUGAAAGAGAUGUAUUCAGGACUAUAGCUGAUUACUAUGGCCACAUGAAAGAGCCUCUUCUCACUUUCCAGCUUUUUGACAUCUUUGUCAGUGUGUUAGGUCUCCUCCAGAAAGAGUCAUUGGCCAUUGAAGCAUUGCAGGUUUGCUGUCUUCUUCUGCCACCAGAAAAUCGUCGUAAAGUGCAGCUGCUAAUAACUAUGAUGGCCAGGAUCAGUAUAAAUAAGGACCUCCCCCCUCUCUGUGAUACAGCUGGGACAAGAACACUGAUGGUUCAAACCUUUUCUCGUUCCAUUCUCUGUUCCAAAGAUGAAGUGGACUUGGAUGAACUACUGGCAGCUAAACUAGUAUCAUUCUUGAUGGACAAUUAUCAGAAAAUCUUAAAUAUCCCUUGUGCCCUGAAAGCUGCAAUAGAGGAACAUGUAACACAUCUUCGAAGGGUCCAGUUUCAGAAAUCCUAUCCUGAUGUAUACAAGGAGCGAUUUCCUACCCGUGAAAGUGAGGCAGUUCUGUUUCCUGAAAAAAGUAAACGGAAACCAAUGCUGUUGAUGUGGGCCUUUAAAAAACCUUUCCAGCCAUUUCAAAGAACAAGAAGCUUUCGGAUGUAGGACUUGAGUUGCAUCUCAGU